AUGCGUGUAUCAAUCAGUAAAUUGUUUGCUAGUGCACGUUUGUUAGCUCAAUGGCGAAUAUUCAAGAUUGCUCUAUUCUUGUUGGUGAUUGGGGGUGUUUUCUACACGACGCAGUCUUCCCUAAACAGUGCAAGAAACCAAAAUUCUACCUAUGGAAGCAUUUCACUUGAUUCUUUUGCUUCAGCAUCGUCAAUAAUGGACAUCUUCCUUAAAUCUGACGAGCAAGACGUACCAGAGGAAGAUUAUCCCGAUCCGCAGGAGGAAGCCAACAGGUUGAAAAUAAUUUUGUACUGGAACGAGUGGGACUCUAACAUGGGCAAUCAGCCACUAAUCGACGGUUUGUGCCCAGUCACUUCAUGCAUCUUCACGCCGGAUCGUUCGCUAUUAAAUUUCAGCCACGUCGUUCUCUUUUUCGCCAAUAAUGAAACAUCAGCCAACAACAGUUUGCCCGAAAAUCGCCAACCCCAUCAACGGUUCGUUUUCGUCGCCCGUCACGCCAGUAUCGAAUCACAAAGUUUAAUUGAAGCAUUAACCAACGACCAUCGCAUUCGAUUCGAUUAUUUCAACUGGACUAUGACAUACCGUCAGGAUUCGGAUAUUGUUUUCCGCGAAUCCUUUGGCGCCGUUAAAAAAUUACCUUAUUUGAUGAGCCAACGUUCUCUAGCUGAAAGGAAAAACAAGAAAACAUCGACGACCCUCCAAUUAAUGAAGAGACCAUCCGCCAGGGCACGUGCCGUAUCCCGAAUAGGAUCAAAAAAUAAACUGGUAGCCUGGUUUCCCAAAACAUGCGAGACGUCCAUCCAUCGUGAAGAAUAUGUCCGUCAACUGGGUCAACUUGUUCCAGUUGACGUUUAUGGCACUUGUGGCAACUUGUCGUGUAAUUUCGACUGCUUUCAAAGUCGAUACGAUACGCUACGUCUAGACUACAAAUUUUACCUGGCGUUCGAGGAGUUCUGGUGCGCCGAUUACAUCACGGCAGAGUUUUACAAUGUGCUGGAUUACGACACAGUGCCGAUCGUGCUGGGUGGCGCCGAUUACGAGAUAUUGGCUCCACCCAACUCGUUCAUUAACGCCCUGGAUUUCCCAUCAGUUGGAGCUUUGGCAGAGUAUCUUUUGUUUCUUGACAGGAAUCCGGAACUCUAUUCGAGAUACUUCGAAUGGAAGAAAGUUUAUCAAGUGGUUCUCUCACCCAAGAGCGGCUGGUGUGACUUGUGUCGCAUGGCUCACGAUUUUAGCUUGAAACCUAAAAUUUACAAAGAUAUUAAGCUUUGGUGGGUCGAUGAAAUGAAAUGUCAAAACAAUUCGCUUGGAAUUUUACCUCUUGCCAAAUAGUGAAGCAUCGCGUGAAUACAAUCUUGUCAUUCGUUA